AUGGUGCUACUCACUUCCUCGACAGUCUCCGCCAUCUUGUCGAUGGGGGUGAUUGCCCUAUUUACCAUAUUAUUGUUUCUGGCAGGAUAUGUGUUACAGCAACAGUCUGUAAAAAGCAUUCAAAUUGCAUUGCGACCCCCUGAACGGGCUUCACAAGGACAUGGGUCAUUAGGAUCAACAUUCCAAAGCCCCAUGCAGCCACGUGGAAACUAUGCCUAUCUCCAGCUGCUAUCCCAACCCGAUCCAUCCGACAUUUGCUCUGCAAUUCUCUUUUUCAAGCAAAUCGCCACCAAUGGCUCUGCUAUACACGAUCGCCUCUUUAUGUACCCUCAAGAAUGGGAUCGCAUGUCUACAGCGAAGAUUAGCAAGCCUGCAGCCACAGCGCUAGCAAUUUUGCGAGCUGCUAGCAUCAAGUACGGCAUCUGGCUGCUGCCAAUAGACAUGACUGCAGCUACAUCCAUGGGGUAUGAACCGACAAACACCAAGCUGCUGCGCUUGGGUCAAGUCCAAUUCAUGCAGUAUGAUAGUGUGCUGUACCUGAAAACACCAGGCAUAGUUCUGGAUACGGAGAAGCUCGAUGACAUUCUCCUAUCUCGGCCACUGCCACUUGUAUUCGACAGAGAUCGACCCGACUCUGUGAAUAACGAAGCAUGGAUCCCUACUCCGCUUCGCCCAGAUCGCGACACGUAUCUGCCACCAGCCUACUUAAUCACGGUCAACAACGUUGCAACUGGGAAUGUUCAGGCCCGGACCCACAUCCCUAAUGUUAAUCUUCCGGGAUUUGGUCAUCUUGUCAUGGGAACAAAAAGGUUCAGUGCAGAGAAUAGUGAGGCGCCUGGCUAUGUGUUCUUUGACAAUGAUCGUGACGGACACGUCAAGUGGGAUGGAAACCCUCUUUUUGGAACUUGGCGAACCCAGCAAUAUGAAGUUUGCGACGGCUUGGAUUUUGAAGAUUAUUGA